UCAUUCUUCUUUAUUGGCUAUGGGCUAAGGCCUCUUUGAUUUAAGAACCAUUUUUAUACGCAGGAAAAGUACUUGUUUAUAAUUGUUGAAGGGAUAUCCUAUGUUUCAGUUUCAGUUUGACCUCUCCUAACUCAUUUUAGACUAUGGUAUGGCUUUAUUCAUUAAUUUUAUAUACGGUUCUUUUUUGCAAUUGAAUUUGUGAAAUUGUGGUGGAACACUAUAACUCUUAACAUACAUAUGAGUCAUGAUCCAAAUGAGCAAGGAAGUGUUAUUUUACACAUCAUCUGAAAUUUAAACUAAGUUCAAUCUCUAUGUCGAACAAAUUUAUCUUAUUUUAAGUGAUUAAUUAAACUCGUCUUCUUUAAACCAACAUAUAUGGGAGACCAACACCUUGCACUAUAUUAAACACAUAAAUUCAAUUUGUUUAAGUUUCGGUGAAAAACACAAUUAAACCUUCAGUUUGUCGUUGCCGUAUAAUUUGAACACAAACCUUAGCCAUCGUACUUAAACCUUUAAUAUUUAUUUAAUUAUUUUAAUAAUUGUGUGUUUGUGUAAUGGUGCAUGAUACCUAAGAAAACGACUGCUCACUCAAUCAGAUUGUAUCGGCGGACAGAAGAAGACAGAGUGGGCAUCACCCCAAAACGUCGUCAACAAUUAUAUAUAAAAGCAACUCUACGCAGAAAAUUAAUACCUCCAUAUAUAAUUCAUUGAAUGGUAUUGAAAAAGGAAAAAAUAUUGUGACCACAAAACCAAAAGUCAAGUCAAUGCUAAAGAACAAAAUAUUCAAUUUCCGUAUAAAUUUUACUCACAUUCAUCAAGUUUCACCAUAAAUCAUAAUUUUCAAAAAUGCUAAAAUUACAAAUCUCUUUCACACAAUUAAUGAAUAAUUUGAUACUUGUGGGAACAUUCUAUACACUCGAGAAUAAUAUCCAUAUAUGGUUUAUUAAUUUAAAAGAUCAUCAAACAACGUACCAAUUUAUAUUGUUAAACUAGCUGCUAAAUUGGAUUAAAAUAGUUUAAAAUUUCCAAAAUCACAAAACAUCAUCAAAAAAGGUUGACUAGGGUUAGCUAACUUGUUCCUCUUUUACCGUUUUGAGAAACCCUCGCUUUUUUUUACAAACAGAGAUACACACAAUUUUCACUUUUACUAAAACAUGACAGAAAAGAGAGAGGAAGUAAAUAAUGCCAGAAGUGUAUAAGCUGUCCUAGAAUCUAGCUUCCCACCCUUUUAAGAAAAAAACUAAUCUCAUUAAUUCAAGGCUUCAAACCCCUCUUUUUUCUUCAUCCACCAUUUUUCUUCAUAUAUUCUCCACACAAAAAUUAAAGAAGAAGUUCAAGGUAAUGUCAUUUCACUUCUCUACAUCAUCUUCCAGCCACGAAAAGGGAGAUGGCUCUAAGACGGAGAAGAGAUACAUUGGAGUAAGAAAGAGACCGUGGGGGAAAUACGCAGCGGAAAUCAGGGAUUCGACGAGGCAUGGCGCGAGAGUUUGGCUGGGAACAUUCAAUACUGCAGAAGAGGCUGCUCUAGCUUAUGAUCAAGCUGCAUUUGUGACGAGAGGCGCCUCCGUCCCACUCAACUUUCCCGUGGAGAGAGUGACGGAAUCUCUCGAGAAGAUCAAGUAUCGAUGCGAGGAGGGCUCGUCUCCUGCAAAAGCCCUGAAGGAGUCUCACAAGCUGAUGAACGCUGCAACGACGAAGAAAACUAGUUCGAGUAAGAAGCGUGUUGGAGAAGAGGAUGUUGUGAUUCUUCAUGACUUGGGAUCUGAUUUAUUGGAUCAGCUCUUGUCUGAGAAUUCAACUACUGAUUGAACAUAAACACUAUUGAAGUCUUGUAAGUAAAUCUUGAUCCCUUUGCCUCUUUCUGUUUUUUUUUUUGGAAUAUUUUCUGUGCUGCUGCCUUUGUGUUGUUCUUGAUUUUGGGUUCUAUUAAACCCUUGAUCUCUAUUGAAUAAUCUCCGAGUUUAUCAAUUCAAAUAUGAGUGGGAGUUGAAUGAAAGUUCAUUUCGAAUUUGAUACAA